CCAUUCUUCCAGGAUUGCUGCCAUGGUACUUAAGGUCUUCUUUCCAUCAUGCUGCUCUUCAGCAGAAAGUGGCAUUUUGAUCGGCCGCUGGAUCUCCGAACAGAACUCUGCUGUUAUACUUGCUGUGGUCCAUUUCCCUUUUAUUCCUGCCCAGGUGAAGCAGUAUCUCAGUGAAGUCCAACGGGUGACUAAAGUCAGUGUCUCUGUGCUCGGCUCAUGGAGCAACAGCAAACAGGAGAAAGAAGAGAGUCUGAGUGAGUUCUUGGAAGACCUUGGGACAAUAUUCUCUCAUGACCCUUGGAUUCAGAUAAGCAAAGAGGGAGACAGCAACUUCUGGAGCUGUUCUACCCUUCAGAAACACUCUAACAACCCUAAGGAGGAAGAAAUAAUCUUGGUAUACUAUGACCAGCGCAAAGUCAUGCUUUCCCAUUUACAUCCCCCUUUGGACACAGCUGCCUUCACUGACCACAAGGCAGACGAUGCUUCAAAGCUCGCUGCCAUCUUUGACACAGUGGCGAAGAGUAAGAUACUGUUCAUGACGGACAGAUAUGAUGAUGGGCCCAUCAAGCUGACCCACUGGCAGUCUGAUGGAGUUGAAGCUAGUAUCAUCGUGGAGCUGAUGAAACAGGCCUCUGUGCCUGCGUGCAUGCUGCUGACAUUCCUGCUUUCACUUAUCUCUGGGAUCUGCAGGAGCAGGGUGCUGAAGUUUUGGCCUUUGUCUUUCUUAUGGAGCAAACUCUCAACUUGUGAGCAGCUGGGACAUCGCCUGCAGCACCUCCAGGUCAUCAGCAGCAAUAAGAAGGCUCAAAACCACACUCAGCUAAUGAGGAAAGCCAACAUCUUUGUCUCUCUGCUGAUUGAUGUGGCUCUGGGGAUACUGCUGAUGUCCUGGCUGUACAGAAAGAACCGAAUUGGUCACCUUGCUGAUACUCUCAUUCCUGUGGCUGAUCACGUAGCUGAAGAGCUACAGGACCUGCUCCAGUGGCUAAUGGGAGCACCAGCUGGACUGAAAAUGAACCGAGCUUUGGAUCAGGUUUUGGGCCGCUUCUUCCUUUACCACAUCCAUCUUUGGAUUAGCUACAUUCACCUGAUGUCCCCAUUCAUUGAAAUGAUCCUCUGGUACGUUGGUCUGUCAGCUUGUCUGGGCCUGACCGUGGCUCUCUGCAUCCUCUCCGACAUCAUUGCGCUUCUGACCUUCCACAUCUACUGCUUCUAUGUCUAUGGAGCCAGGCUCUACUGCCUGAAGAUUUACGGCCUGUCAUCUCUCUGGCGCUUGUUCCGUGGGAAGAAGUGGAACGUUCUCCGGCAGCGGGUGGAUUCCUGCUCCUAUGACUUGGACCAGUUAUUUAUUGGCACUUUGCUGUUUACAAUCCUGCUGUUCCUCCUGCCUACAACUGCACUGUAUUAUUUGGUGUUUACCCUGCUCCGUUUGCUGGUGGUGAUUGUGCAAGGCCUGAUACAUUUGCUAGUUGACCUGAUUGACUCUCUGCCUUUUUAUUCAAUCAUCCUUCGGCUCUGCAGAUCCUACAGACUUGCAGCUGGUGUGAAGUUCAGAGUCCUUGAGCAGCAGGAUGGAAAACCUCUUCGACUCCUUAUGCAGAUCAACCCUCUAUCCUAUGGCAGUGUGGUACAGACAUACAGGCUGCCAACCUACAGCUGUUACCCAAAGGAUACCUGGACAUCUCUCUGCAAGAAGCUGUUCCUUGGAGAGCUAAUAUAUCCUUGGAAACACAAAGGAGAGAAGCAAGACUAAAGACAGCAAAAGAGCUUGAGAGACUUGGUCAGAAAAACAUAUUGAAUCCUAAUGCUUUUGGACCAAAGGCAUCUCAGAGCCAGCAACUGCUAGAUCCCUUUAAUUAAUUAGAUUUUGGUAACAUGGGAGGGGCUGCAUUUUUAAAGGCAAGUAUUUUUAAACAUUAUUUUUCAACUUCCCUCUUCCCGUACACUGUGUUUGUGUAAUAUGCUAAUGAUUAUUUUUGAAGCAAAAGGUUAAACCCAUCAGUGCCUCAUGAAACCAGCAUUUAGUGUGAUCAAGGAAGUACCUCCUGAAUGGUUUGAUGAUGUUCCUUCCAUGUCAGCUCACAGGGCCAUAUUAAACAAGCCCUUUGGGUCAUUCAAAGCCACAAUGCUGAGGUGCAUUCUGCCAAAGGGUAUUUUGGACCUUUUAUGCUUCAGCCUUCAAGCUGACUGAUCAAAACCAACAUGGAGGAUCAGCUUGUAGAGCCAUACACUGAAAACUGUACAGCAGGGUUAUCUGGGUUCGUGGGAUAUUUAUUCUUUUCCUCUUGGGUUGGCUUGGAUUCACUUCCACUGCAGCACCAGGCAGUGCUAAGCAUAGAAACAGCGGGGCUGGAGCCCCAGAAACACAGACUGCUGUAUGUUUGUGCUUAUAUGAUCUCAUCUACAUUUUUUCAACAGCAAAUAGUGUUUUGGGGAGAGCUGAGCCCUGAGCUGACACCAGAACGGAAGAGCAGAGCACACAGCCUCAGACCCCAGACUGCUCAGAUUUACGUGGCAACAAGCCAUGGUAGCUGAGAGCUCAGGGCUCUGCCAAGGCUCAGGGCUUCUUCACUUAGUCGCAGUGUAAGGCAAACGCAGCUUUGCUGAGUCCAGCUCUGGCUGGUGUGUCUGCCAGAGGGCUGCAGCAGCCCAGCUUGUUACACAGCUCAACCAGCUCAGGGAAGCAUGUACUGUGUCUCCCUGUUUCUCAGGGCCCAGGUGAGAGCCUCACCAUGUAGUGCCUCAUCUUUUGCAGUUUCUGAUAGUCAAGGAAGUUAUCUUGGAUACGAGGCAUUUAAAGCCACUUCUUUCCCUGAAACUAUAGACCCAUUUCUCUUGGGAGAGUUUUCCUGCUUUGGAUACUGCCUCCACAGUGCAACAGUGCUUGGCUUUUCAGUGUCCCAGUCUGAUGGUGUGCUCAUUUUGAUGUGAGCCUUCUAUUCCCUCUCUUGGGGAAAGUGCCUCUGUGCACAAGAGUGUGAUGUCCCACUGGGUACUUUGUAAAUGUAGACAUUUACAUACAAUCAUUACCCAAAAGUACACUUUCUCCAGAUCUGCUAGCUCCUCUUGCCCCAGCUGAAACAACGAUAUAGUAUCGCUGUACCCUGCUGCCACUCUGCGUGCCUGAAGUGACUGCAUUAACUGGCAGGUGAGAGCUGUGGAUCCUUCUCUUUUCCUCUGUCUGUCCAAGGAAGCAAGGAUAGAGGAAGAAGAGGAGGAUGUGUUAUGGCUGCAGCGCUCAGCUCUUCUCUGCAGGGCUGCCUGUGUAUUCCAGUGGGAGCAGGUGGAGCCAAGGUGCCCUGGGCUUUAGUAGCCUUCAGUCAGCCCUUCCACUGGCAGGGUGUUUCCAACUCCAGCCCCAUGUCUUAUCCAUGUACUUGAAGCUGCCACAGAAGAGAAGGGGUUAUGGACCCGCUGCUUUAAGACAUCCCUGGCCAGAUAUAUUUGGUUUGUCUGGAGCUGCUCAAAGCCUCUCAUGGUGCAACCACUGCCUCUUCAGUCAUAGCUUGAUCAGGAGAAAAUGAAGCUCUGUAGGCAGGCACUUGGUCCAGACAUUCCUUAGCAGGCAGACACAGGAGCUGCCAAGGUUUUACAAUUUUCUUAAGGACUUCGUGAAGGGAGGCAGUAUUACAUAGGCACUGCUACCCAAAGAGGAUGUCCUGUUACCUUGAUCCAGGGGAAAAGGGCACAUCAUUGCAGAAAGGCAGCGUGGCAAAGCCCUCCCACCACUGUCUGCCACUGCAGGCUCUGGGUGGGACAUCGCUGGCUGCAGAAACUGGAGAAACCUUUGUUCUUCUUUAACAAUCACUGCUUAAAACUCAUGUACAAAUACAGUAACUUCUUCUCUUGCAAUAUCAAUGCCCAGGUAUUUCUCUCCAUGUGUGACUAACUCCAGGUUGUGAUCCAUGUAGUGGAUGAAUGGUCUGAGUAAUGUUUCUCACUUCAGCUUAAGUCAGAGAUAUGGAGACCCAUCCUUACCUGGCACUCAGCAGAGCAGAUUUACGCUUUACCUCCCUCUCAUGUUUCCACUGGAGCUACUAAAUUAUAUUCCCUCUGCUUCCUCCCACGACUGCAUAGUUUGGUAUACUAACUGCUGUGAGAAACUUUAUUAUUUCUGGUCUUGUGAAAAUAAUGUUCCUUAUAUCCUAGCUUUUGAAAUCUUUCCAUGAGACCAGACAGCUCACAACAGUCCUAAUUGUGGCUGUCCUUUGGGAUCAAGUGACCUGAAAGCCCCAGAGACAGGACAGAGACAUGAAAACCAGUGAAUGUGUCCUUCCUAUUGGGAACCUGCCAAAGAUAUUAGAUGUUCCAGUGUUGGAACGUCUGUUUACCAAAGGCUAAUACUGACUCCAGGGCUGGUGAAAUAUCAAACUGAGAAAAAGCUCUUCCUCCAACCCAAGAGCCUGAAUCUUCUUUGAAUACAGAGGACCUUGAGUAGCACAGCUGAGAAAUGACAGCCCCUUGUGGGUGCAGUUCUCCUGUGUCACACACAACUGGUGCCUGAGGUUUCUUACUGUUUCUCAUACUCGUCAUUCUCCUUGUCCCUGAUGGUAUCUGAGCCUGUGAGUUUCUUCUGCUGGAUAUUUGCCAUGUCUCUCCUCUUCCUUUCCAGUCACUGCUGUGAAAUAGUCUUUCCCCACCCUUUUCCGAUUCUGCGCAGAGACAUUACAACAACUUAGCAGACAUCCUGCUCAGGAACAUUUGACCUUAUGUCAUCUUUCUAAUUAGAAGUUGGGAUCAGCAUCAUCUUCCACAGCAGCACAGGCAGGCCUAGCACUGGCAUUUCCUCAGGGAAGAGACUGCUGGUAAGUUUGUGGCUCUAAUUUAUCCUCAGAUCCAUAUUAUCCAUAUCAGUCCUUGGAUGAGAAGUAGUUAAAAGAUAUCAAAUCUUCUCUGAUUCCUACCACACAACCCUUAUAGCAGGCAACAAGCAGUCUUUGCCAACCAUCAUUCAAAGACUGUUAUCUUGCAGACUUCUUUUAAUACUACAUUUCCUUAUUAUUAUUUCUUCCACCUUAUGGUUCCCAGUGCUGGCACAACACUCGAUGUGCCUCUUUACAUAGGCAUGUUUUCUGUGAAGGAAAACAUGAUUCACAGCAUACAAAGCUCCAUCCUAGAUAGAAAUUCUGCCUUUGAGAAAUACUUUCCUUUCCUAACCAGAAUAGCAUGUGACGAUGCUGAAAGAAAAUCUCAGUAAUUACUGCACUGAAGGCCCUGGUUAUGGUUUUGGGAGUUUUCUCCGAUCCUGCAGCUGGACUGUGCCUUUUUCUGCUGGCACGUGUGAAUAUACCAUCAGGCCCACUGAAAGAGUGUUGCACAUGUGUACAAUCCAUAUGUUGACUUACACUCCCAGGAGUGUAAACAGACUUGCUCAGUGCUCACGGCAGUACGGUUUCUGCGGAGAGGAGUGCUGACAGAGCCAUGGGGAUGCCAGCAGGGCUGCUGUCAGCAGGUCCACGCGUAGCUGAGACCAGAGGGGCUCUGCAUCUACCAGUUGCAGGUGCUUGUGUUUGAGAGUUUAGGGAUGGAGAUCUUUGUUCUGCUGACAGGUGUGGAUUUUUUGGUUAAUUAAACCUUAUAAUCAGAACCUAAAUGGAUUUUGAUUACACUAGAAUAAAGAGCU